AUGGGUCAUUGUACAAGUUAAAUUUAACAGAACAAAUCACCUUAGAAAUCAAAUGCCAAAAAAUUUGGAAUCGGAACUAUGAAAUUCAAUAGUGAGUUAUUUAAUAUUAGAUUGAGUCAUCCAUCAAGAUCAUGUCAUCUUAAAAUUGAUAUCGGUGGAUAUUACAAAUGUGAUACUCCAAAACAUUUUGAUUUGGAAGGAAAACAUGGUGUAAGAUUGCUUACUUAUAAUGAUAGUGGAAGAGAAAAAUAACAUUGUAAUUAGAAGCAAAUGAAAUAUAAUUGAAAGAAAAAUAUUUAGUAUUCUUUCUCUAUGAAGAUGAUAAAGAAUUGGCUUAAUUGAAAAUUACCUUGUAUGACAUUAUUUAAGGCCCUCAAUUUUUUGAUUAUCAAAUAGGAAAAGGAAGAAUAUCAUUUAAUAUGAUUAUGGCAUAAAUUCUUUAACUAGAGAUAAAUCCUUAAGAAAUCAUAUGUACAAUGAAUACAUGCAUAUAAGAAAAAUAAUAUGUAUUCAAUUUAAAGUUAGUGACUCGCAAAAUGCAAUUCUUAUCAGAAAAUUCAGAGAAAUUUAAUAAUCCUGCUUAUAUUAGAGGCAGGAAUGCAUCCUACAAUAGUAUCUAAGAUGAAUUAUUUCGAAUACAAUGGUUGAAUACAGAUAUGCCUAAAUUGAUUGUAGAAUUGCCAAUAAAUGAGAUUUCAAGUUCCUCAUUAUAAGUUUGUAUUUGGAGUAUUAAUAAAUCAAUAGAGGAUCAUUCACCAACUAGAAAAUCAGUUAAAUCUUUAAAUUAUCAUUUAGAAGCAAUAGAUCAAAUCAUAUUUGCUGAAUCUAAUAUAGCAUUGAAUUAUUUGUUAAAAAAUCAAGAGGAAUAAUUGGAUGAUUAUAGUAUUCAUAGAUGUAAUAUAACAAAAGGAUUAUGGUUAAGAGGGAAUAAGAUUGGAUAAAUGUAAUCAGACUUUACAAUUAAAAUACCUGUACAUAUGAAAUAAUAGAUGAUUGGAUUAAGAACAGAGAAGGGAUGUACUAUUGGAACAGGUAUUUUAGCUAAUUAAAGUAUAAAGGAAAUUAGUGAAGUAGUAAAUUAAUUUGAGAAAUUAAGUUAAGUAAUGUUUAAAUUAUCAUCUAAUAAUCAAGUAUCUUAAAAAUAAUAAUUGAUGACUGAAUUAUAGAAUACUGCUUAAUAAUUAUUAAUAGCUGUUAGUAAAAGUGAUAAGGAUUCACAAUUAAGUCAAUUUUAUUACAAAAGUUAUGAUGAUUUGAUGAAAGGAUAAGAGAUCUUUAUUAAAAUUGCAGAGAAUCUAUUUAAUUUUGUUGAUAAAAUUGAAGGGAAUAUUAGAGAAAUUUAUUAUGAAAUUUUAUAAAUUGUAUGCACUAGAGGUGAAUUAAGUUUAGGUUCAAUGGGAUAUUUUGAUGAUUGUAAAUAAUUAAACAAAAAACAAUUAAAGUUUAAGAAUUAAAUCUGUUGUCAUUUUUAAUAAUUCUUAUACAAUACAUUAAAUAUUGCUUUAUAAAAGAUAUGUUUAAAAGAUAUGUCUCCUAAAGAAAAAGCAUUCGUUGAAAAAUUCUUGGCUAGUUCAUUUUUUAAAGUUCCAGAAUUUAGAGAAGCUUUUGUUAAUGCUCUUUAAAAUCCUAAUGAUCCUGAAUUAUCAGAAUGGCGUGGUACUGAUUAUUAAUUAGAUGAUCCAGAAAAUUUUAGAACUGAACAAGUCACAGUUUUAUUUGAUUGGUAAAGUUACUUUUAUAAUUAUUUGCCCUCUAAUUUAAAUAUCAAUGCCAUAACAAUGAAUUCAGAUGAAGAAUGGCGUAGGAUUAUUACGAAAAGAAAUACAACCUUCUUUUUCUUUGUUUAAGCUUUAUGUUUACAUAUCUAAUAAAAAUUCUAAAAAGACAUCAUCCCUUGGAAAGAUAUACCUGGAUAUAGAAAGAUUUUGAAAGCACUUUUAUGUGAAUUAAAAAUAAGGGAAUCAUAUCCAGAUGCCAUGAUUAGUGCAAUUACUUAAGUUGUUACUAAUGGAGGACCUUUAAAUGUCAUUAUUAUGAUAUUGUAUAAUAAAACUAAGUAAUUAUUUAUAUCGAUUAAUAGCAUUUAUUCAAGUGAUAGAGUUGUUCAAGUUAUGGAUUUAAUUAGUUUAUGUAUACAACACUGUUAAACUAUUCCAACCAAUUUUGAUUACCCUUUCUUUUUAAAUGGAUUAAGAAUUGCAGUUACACAAAGUGAGAAUGCCUUUGUAAUUGCCAAAAGUUUACAUUUAAUCUAUAAUAACUAUUUAAUAUUCCCAUUGGAAUUCAAAAAAGCUAUUGUAGACUUUCUAUUUGAAGCUUAAUGUUAUCAAUUAUUUUUGCAUUGGUCUAAAACUGUUAGAAGUGUAUAUAUAAGUCUACUCAUUUAUCGUAUAUAUCAUUUACAUAGAAAUAAUAAAAUUCAAAUCAUUGAUGAAAAUUAAUUUGAUAAACAAUACUUUCAAAUUACUAAACCUAAAAGAUUACAAAGUUAUUAUGAAAAUAGAAAAGAGGAAACUUAAUUGAUGGUAAUUCAUUAAUUAUUUUUAGUUAGAGUGACUACAUCUAUUUGAAAUAUUCCAGAUUUAUGAUGAACAUUGAGACAGCCAAAGCCAAAUUUGUCACUAAAUCUUUAUAUCAAGAAUUACCGUUGGUUCAAAGAAUGAAAUUGAAAUUAGAGUAAAAACUAAAAAUUGAAGGUUCAUUUAAGGAUUUGAUAAUUUGUGAAGAAUAAACAAAAAACUAAAAUAUUGAUAAGGAUAAGAGAAUGAUUUAUGAGAGAAAAAUAGAGUUCAGGAAUCCAAACAAUAAAAAAACAAUUAUCUUAAAUGAAAAUAAUAUUAGAUAUCUAUCUGCUGCUUUGAUUGAAUAUAAUGAAAUGUAGAAACAAUAUACUAAAUGGAGAUAAUAAAAUAUUGCUUCAGUUUAAGCUUCUAUUUAAGGAAUGACAGAUGAAGAAAAAGCAGCCAAACUUACAUAAUUUCCAGUUCCUCAAAUUAAACUUAUGCAGACAUAUGAUAUGAAGGAAGGCAAAUAAGAAUGA